GAGCCGCGAGGUAAAGGUCCGAGCGUACUCGCGCACGGUCGCGGUCGCUACUCGUGUCCCAGCUAGCAUAUGAGCAGCUACAACCACCCGAACGUCAACAGUGUACUCGAUAAAUAAUCACUAGUUCUCAAAAUAAAUAACAAAAUCCUAGUGCUCAAUAAUAAAAUAUAUUUUUUUUGAAUCCUAUAAAAACUCGCGGGUGUCUGAUAAAAACCUUCAGUUACAAGCUCCCAGUUCUCAGUGUUUAUCAGUCCCAGAGCUCGGAAGACAAGAGAGAGACCCGACGAGGAAACCCAAGGACACAGUACGUGAAAAGAGAAAGGACUAGACACGCCUGACGAUGGAUUACGGUGGUGAGGCUGUAAGCUGAGUUAAUUAAAGUCUAAUGAAAGUAGACAAGCGUCACACACGAUGAUAAAAUGGAUGAAGAUGACGUCGAGAGAGGUAUUAGAUAUUCCAAGACGGAAGUGCCAAGCUGUUGGAGUAAUAGCGGUGGAGGUUUUAGUCGUCGGGUUAGCGAAAUAAGUAACGAUGUAGACUCUGGCGCCUUGGCGAUCACCGUAGUCUCCUGUCAGUGAUAUUGCCGGUGGGUUGUGAGCCGAGUAGUCAACUCAAGGGUAACCGGAGAAAGGAUAAGAGGAUAAGAGGAGGACGAGAAAGUAAAUAGCCGAGGGGACCUGGAGAAAAAGACGUGCCACAGAGCCGAAGACUACGACGGUCGAGACUACUGGGGAUAAGACGGCAGAGGGUGAAGGCUCACGCAGAAAAUCGCCGAGAGAUGAGCGAUUUACAGGCCACCCUCGAGUUCUCCCUCGAGCUUUGCAAAUUCUACAAUGUUGAUCUCUUUCAACGCGGGUACUAUCAAAUACGAACAGCCCUCAGGGUAUCACCUAAACUGCCAAUUAAAGUGGAAGUCGAUCAACUUCGUAAUCAUAAACGUACGUUAGACAACAUGGAACCGCCGGGAACGAGCAAACGUUUCCAGAUACUUUACAGAAACGAGGAGGUAACCCUGGGAACUUCGGUCCUCUUUCGUGCUCACGUGCUCGUGCACAGUCACAAAAUCGAAGAGGUUCUUUCCCGGACUCACUUCAAUCUCGGCGUCGAGCUCUGGUUCAGCGAGCCCACCCAGCCCGGAAAUAUGGCAUGUGUGUCAUCAAGAGCAUUGCAGUUAAAUUUUGUACCAACAAAGGGGCUUCACUAUCAUUUACCGGUGCUCUUUGACUACUUUCAUCUGGCCGCGGUCUCCAUUGAAAUCCACGCCUGUCUUGUAGCACUUCAUCAGCCGUUCGUUAAAAAGAGUAUACUUCACUAUGUACAAAGCUGCGCACCGAGGAGUGGGAAACCCUGGUUACAAUUCAAACAGCCGACGGCUAAUGGCGCAGACAGUACUGCGUUCUUGAACAUUGAAACAACGACGAGAUGUGUAGGAUCAACAGCGCGAACACAACACGCGCGAGCGACGCAGCGCGAAGUGACGCGAAUAUUAUUAACAGCUCGUGAAAAUUUGCUGAAUGACAUCGCAGACUUGGCAAGACUUUUACCAUCCAGAGAGCAGCGAGAUCUGGAAAUCGCUGAGCGCAAGCACAAAGAGGCAUCAAAAAUAAUUGACAGCGACGACAUUGAUAUCGCACAACUUUGCGCCCAGAAUAUCGUGCUCUGGAACAUUUUUCUAGAUGCGUUUACACGUCAGGAGGCCGUUCACCAGCAUCUUGCCCGAAUCCACCAUCAGCUACGCGUUAAACGUUUCUCCGAAGGGUUCUUUGUCCUCGAGAACCCAAGAACAUCAGCAGCAGGUUGCUACGACGCAAAUUAUCAAUCUUAUCAAGCGGUGAGCGAGGCAGCAAGAAGAUCACGUUACUUGGCGGCUCUGCCACCUCUACCAGUUCAUUGUCCUGAAUUGGACGGCGACCUUAACUCAUUGCCGUUAAUAUUCGAAGACAAUUAUGCCGACAUGCAACAGAGACACCGCAAUAGCGUGCCCAGUAUAGAAGACUGCAGCUGUGGGAUAUCAGCGAUUCUGGAAUCUCGAGGCUCGAGCGUAUGGUCACCCCGCAGUGAGGGGGCAGCCCAAGACAUAGCGUCGAUCCAAGCCCGGCUGUCACUCGCCCCAGCGUCGCUUCCAGCUCGACACAGCAAAUCCCUGGAUCAACUGGGACCAGAAAUACCGACCCAGCAGCCACGGACGUCCCCUAAGACACUUCCGAGGUCUGCGUCAACACAAUUAUUCCCCCGGCAGCGGUCAGCAGCCCGUAAUCAGACGCCACCGACCUCGGUGCCAUCAAAAGGCCGGUCACGCUCCCAGGCGCCGCUCCACACAACCCGCAGCACAACGCUCUUUCCUCCUUCGGGUCAGCAGCAGGCUUUCUCCGCGCCGAACCCAUCUCUAGGUUCGACACCAGUGAUGCCACUGCCAAGAGCUAAAUCGACCCAAAUGCUGGUGGCUAAUUCAUGUAAUGAGUACAUGCAGCCGUCAACAUCAAUAACGUCACUGCUAGCAGCAAUGUUUCCAGAACUUCCACCAAAUGGGCACUUUCCAGGCUAUCGACCGUCUUCUAAUAAAACCUGUGAGUUUCCUAUUCCCUCGUGCAACUUUGACUUUAAUAAUCAAUUGGCCUCGUUCGAUAAUAAUAAUAAAGAUACCACCGGCACCAACUCAAAUUCAAACGCUAACCAACACGCGGACUCGAGACGAAUACGACUGGAACCUCGGAGCCACAGACUAUUUCCACUAGACAAGUCUGUAAAUAUUCCCAACGGUGAUCCAAUCAAUGCUUCUGCAAACAACAUGCGAUCUGCGACCCUGGAUCGCGUGACUUACCGCGGCAACCAUCGGAAACAGCCCGAAAAGGCAGCCACCGCGGACAAUAGGAGGUAUCACACUCUAGGCAAGACUGCGGGGCAUCCGGAGAGGGUCAAAUCCCAGGAUUUUCUUAACACUUUAAAUGGGGACGCGCAGAGUCACUCGCUUCUGGUGGAUCCCCUCAACAAGAGAUUCAGUGGAGUCUACGGUGGAGUGACGGUCGACACUUUUUUCUACAGGACCAAUGGAACCACUAAUAGCAAAGUUUCCGAGAGACCUAGAAGGCCCAAAAGUACCGAAAGGCUGUUUGAUGUCGGUCGUGUGGACUGUUGCCAAGACAAGGAUAUUUAUGAGCGAGACCGCUGGAGAACGGACGCAGAUAAAUCUAAUAAGAGAAUGGAGAAGAAUAUUAAAGUGGAGAAGGAACCAGUUUAUGAAGUUAUUGCUUUGAUGAUCGACACAAAGCCCGCGGAGGACCGAAGAAGAGGCCGCAGGCCACACUCGGCACCGGCUAUCGACGGUGAAGUUAAAGAAGAAGGAUCUUCUAGCUCUAAUAGUAAUAACAAGAGGUGCCAACAUCGUGCCCGAAAGCCUCCACCCCCUCCGCCGCCUUCAGUACCGCCGCCUUAUGACGAAAAAGAUUCUUUACCGUUGCCUCUGCCCAAGUAUCGCGGGGCUCAAGCGAUGACGAGCGUGUUGGAGGUGGAGAACAACAACAAGAUUAUUCUGAAAAUCGACGGGGUCGAUACCAACGGCCUGGUCUCUUCGACGUCCGACGAGUCUCCGUCACCGGGGGUGCCGGAGCCAAAUGCCAAAAGACUGAGAUGUGCUAGUGUUCCAGUGGCGCAAAACAAAAUGGUUGUGCCCAGGAGCGCGGUUUCGUUGCCUUGUAUGCCUAUUAGAGAUAGCAAAGAGACUCUGGGCGUUGAUUUAGUCGCAGUUGGACCUCCUAGUCCGCCUUCUUCGAGGCCCAGCAGUCCUGCAAGCAGUACAGACUCUAAUAAUCUUACUUCUGAGUGCUCUGGGUGGGUCAGUAGCGGCGAUACCUCGAGUUCUGAACAAAAACGCAAAGAAGAAAAAAAAAUAAAUUUGAAUAAAAUCCCAGUGAAGAAGGAGAAGAAAAGUAAUAAAACAAAGGGCCGUGAAAAAACAACAGAACAUUCUUAUGAAGAAGUAAGACUGCCACCACCAAAGAUGUUUCAAGACGAACCUCCGCCUCCGGAGGCUUUCAGAGACCCGGCUCCAGUUCCAAUGGUUGAUAAUCCGCUUUAUCACGUCUACGAGACUGUCAAGCGAGCCAGGAGUCCGAAGCAAAACAAAACCGCGCCGUGCAGUCCCCAGAGAAGCCGCGACAGAAUAGAAAGGGAGCGCGAAAACAGCGUGUAUUCCUCAAGAGACUUUUGUCUUGACUGCUACCAAGAAGGCAAAGAGCUUCUCCAGUCGACUCAGGACGACGCGAUUAAUUUCAAAAAGUGCAAAGAAGAAUUCAAGAGGCAGAUGAGCUUUUCCGGAAAAAUGUACAGAUUUUUCCAAUCAAAUUGCAGCGACUACACUGGGGUGGCGAGCAGUCUUCCGUAUUUCAACAUCAGCGAUGAGUACAGAAUAUUUUCACCAGAAGGUCCCCAUCUUAUUAUUUGCGUUCAUGGCUUGGAAGGCAACGCCGCUGAUUUGAGACUCGUUAAAACUUACCUCGAGCUCGGGUUACCUGGUGCUCAUUUAGAUUUCCUUAUGUCUGAACGGAAUCAGGGUGAUACAUUUUCGGAUUUCGAUACAAUGACUGAUCGACUUGUCGAGGAGAUCCUCCACCACAUAGACACGUCAGGACUAAACCCCACGAAAGUAAGUUUCAUCGGGCACUCACUGGGGACCAUAAUAAUUCGGAGCGCAUUAACGAGACCGCAGCUGAGGCCACUGCUGCCAAGACUCCACACAUUUCUCAGUUUGAGCGGACCACAUCUAGGGACACUCUACAACACAAGUGGACUCGUCAAUGCCGGCAUGUGGUUCAUGCAGAAAUGGAAAAAAUCCGGCUCCCUGCUGCAGCUCGCGAUGAAGGAUUCAUCAGAUGUCAGAAGAUCUUUCAUGUUCCGUCUGAGUCAAAAGAGCAACUUGCAAAGAUUCAAACACGUGUUACUCUGCGGCAGCGCUCAAGACAGAUACGUUCCGCUUCAUUCAGCGCGAAUCGAGUUAUGCAAAGCCGCCGUACGUGACCCAACUGACCAAGGUACCGCGUACAGAGAAAUGGUCCACAAUAUUCUUUAUCCAAUAAUGUCAGCUUCAGGUGUCAGUCUUGUACGUUACGAUGUCCAUCAUGCAUUACCACCAACGGCAAACGCAUUGAUUGGACGCGCUGCUCAUAUCGCCGUCCUUGACUCUGAAUUAUUUAUUGAAAAGUUCCUUCUUGUUGCGGGACUCAAGUACUUCAGAUAAGCCAUCAUUUAAUAAUUAAUAACUAUUACAAUAAUUAUAAUAAUAAUAACAUCACAAUGACCAUUUAAAAAAAUUUUUAAAAUAUUAAUAAUGUCGUUUUUUACUCAUUUAUUAAUAAUAAUAAUAAUAUUAAUAAUAAUAAUAAUUUAUCCUUUUUAUUUAUUCUUAACUAGGUCUCUUGAGGGUAAUGAUAAUGAUAAUGAUAAUUGUAAUUGUUCUCAUCGAAACUUAAGUAUCGAAUUUAAUGGAUAUGUAGAAUUUUACGAAUAAAAUCUCAAUCUCUCGAUCUAAAUUAAUAUCAUUAAUUAUUUAAAAUUUAUUAACGCCGUUUAUGGCCUAAUAAAAAAAAAAGUAAAUUGAGUACUUUAAAGUUAAAUAUCAAUUUAAAUAAUUAUCAUGAUCAUUAAUAAUUAAAACGACUGAGUCAUUGAAUAAAAAAAAAAGUAUAAGUUUUGAUCCUUUGCGAUUGCUGGUAUAUAAAAUUUAAUACCAGAGUUUAAAGUUUUAUUAGUAGGCAAUAAAUUAAGGCGAAUUUUAAAUAUAUAUAUUACGCCGUAAUGUAAUUAGGAAAGUCACGAAACGUAUGUCAAUUUAAUUCCUCAGAUAAAAAAAGUGUACAUGAGUGUAAAUGGUGUUUGAGAGUAAGAAAUUUGAAAAAAAAAAUUAAAAUUAUAAAAUAGUAAAAUUCGUUCCAGAUUUAACGAUGAGUCCCUCCAAAUAGAUUUCAAUUGCUCAGAACAUUAUAGUUCUAGUAUAGCGUGUAUGUCUAAAAUAGUAUCUUAUACAUCUUGUGAAAUCGGUUUUAUACUCUAGUGUUGCCAACACACCAGAGUAUAAUACAGUCUAAUCUCAUUAACUCGGAAAUUCUGACUUAUCGAAUGCCCCUCCUCCUUUAAAGAGUAAACUGCACGCAUGCGCUCUUAUAUCAUAUGAAUUAGUAGCUCAUAGCGAGGAUCAAGAUUAAAGAGAAGUUCCGAAUUAAUGGAACUCGACUGUACAAUCAAAUUCCAUUAAGUCGGACAGUUAAUUAACUAUAGUUAGCUAGCUAGUUAGCUAGUUAGUUAAUUAACUAUAGAUAGCUAUCUAUGGAGGAGAGAAAUUUUUUUGAAUUUUUGAGUUAACGGAUGCCCCUUCUCCUUUAAAAAUGUAAACUACAGCGCAUGCGCUUUAUACCACAAGAAUGAUGCAUAUACAAAUAUACACUAAAAAUGUAUAGCAUUGGGAGGCAGCAUAGUUUGUAGUGGGGGUAAAGAUGGAGGGGAAGUUCUGAGUUAAUGGAAUUCGACUGUACGUCACUAGAUGUAUACAAUAAUUUAUGUAAUUAAUGCACGAAAAAAAUGCCAUUAGAUGUCUAAAGUCGGCGUCAUGCAUCGGAGUUAUAAAAAUAAUUUACUGUAUUAUUGUUAAAAAAUAUUUAUACUUUAUGGAAUUGGAUAAUUUGUUUAAUACUAUUUUUGGUGUUAUAUCAUAUUAGUUAAUAGAGAUAUGUAAGGUUAGGAAAAUUCGCUGACGUCCCUGGUGGAAAUUUUUCGGACUUUUCUCUAAAAAAUUCAGUUUAAAAGACUUUUUCGGAGUUUUUCAGACAAAAGUCCGAAAAAUUUCCACCAGGGGUUGCAUUGAUCUGCACACGCGUGUCCUGAUUAAAUAAAUGCGCAUGUGCACUAGAGAUUUUGGUGUCAUGUUAAUAAGGCAGCUAAAUUGAAAGUGACGUCACAAAAGAGGUUACAGAUUCAUUAUUGGCUUGGACUAUUGAGUAGGGAUAUACUCCGCCCAUUUAUCUAAAAAGUAGUGAUUUAAUAUAUAUUACAUCACAGCUCUGACCAAUCAGAAGAUGAGACUAACUUUAGUCACUUAACGGCGUAUUUUUGGGGCAUAAGUUGCAUAAAAUAAAUUAUUGAAAUGGUCUAAUGUGGAUCGGCGGUUAAAUGUAAUGACGUUGAUCCGAAUUGAGUCACUCGACUACACGACUGUCGUCGAUAAAUUAUAAUUAUUUAUAAAUUAUUAAAUACGAUGAGACUUUGAAUUAUAUUUAAAAUUAUUACGCGACACUGAGUGUCAAAUAUUAAUUUAAUUAAUUAUUUACUAUUAAUUGUAUUGUAUUUAAUUAUUAUUAUUAUUAUUGUUAUUAUUAAGUAUAUUUAAAAUAAUAAAUCACGGAAAUAAGACUUAGAGAUUCAAUUUAAGACGAUUGUAUAUCUUAUAUAUAUAUAUAAUAUAUAUUUAACAAUCGAAAUCUUUUCUUAUCGUCCUAUCGUUUGCUCAAAUAUCUUAUGAGAAGUACGAACAAGUCUAUUAAAGAUUUUUUAAAAUUAAAUUUCAUUGAUCAUAAUUUAUCAUCGAACUUAUUCACGAAUUAAACUUUUUAAUACUCGUCUUUACAAUUUAAAAAAAAAAACUAAAAUAAAAUAAUGAGAAUAAAUAAAGAGUAAUCAAGUGAACGGGGACUUUCGAUCAGGAACGAUAGAUGUAUAAAUAAAAUAUAUAUUUAAAUUAAUGUGCGAUUGUAAAACUAGUAAAUGGAUUUAAAAUGUAAUUUAGCCGGGCGCUGAAAAAAAUCAACACCAAAUUAUAUUAUUAUUAUUAUAUAUAAAUUAAUAAAAUAAAUUUAAAUUUAUGGGAAUGAGAAAGGAUUAUAUAUAUAAAUAUAUAUGAUUAUUGGUUAUAAAUAUAUUAUAAAUAAUUAUUGUCGUGUAUAUGUAUAUAUGUAUAAACUAAAAAUUGUCGAGUAUAAAUAUACAUAUACAUAUAUAAAGAAAUAAAUGUGAGAUAGCUGACAAAAAUAUAUAAUUAUU